AAUAACAAUCAAAGCAAUAGAUUCACGAUUUUAUUUUUUAUGUAUAGGUAAGUAGGAAAUCGUUAAUUUUAACUUACUUAACUUUCUCCGAUUGGCAAUAUCAUAAAUUUGCAGUAAAUAAUGAGCUUUUGUGUGGAUCUAGUCUCUGAAGAUUCUUUCUAUGAAAACAUUACUUUGGGCGUCACCAAGCUUUUAGAGGCCGAUCCACGCGUAUGCAACGUCAAUGUAGAACGCAGACCUCCAUGUGAUCGUGUGGCUCUUUCCACUUGGGAGCAACGACACUCGGCGGUACUUCCAGAGGAUCUCCGGAAUUUUUAUGUCUCUAGUGAUGGUUUCCAGUUAACAUGGCAUUACAAAUAUUCUGCGGACGAGAUUCUCCCAGUUGGCUCCAUUCGGGUGAAUAGUUUGAAUGAGUUGUGUUUAUCACCAGCAUUGAAAGAUUUGCUUGAUUUCACACUGACCAGGCAGAACUCUGGACCGCGACCAGUGUUGAAUACAAAAAGCAAGGUUUUAGAAUUGGACAAUUGUAGAACUAUUGGAAAGGUUUGUUUAGUAUAUACUGGAGGAUCAUGGUCCGUGUGGUUGGCGACCCGUGAGGGCGGAUGGGGAUGGCUAGCCGACUCCUUCACUCAUUACUUUCGGAUGGCAUUAGUGCAUCUUGGUUUGCCAGGAUGGCAAGCUUCCUUUGCUAACUUGCCACUUAUUCCUUGGGCGGAGCAACUUUUCCUUCUGAUGGCGCCUCAUCUAUUGGAAAAAGUUGACAUAGACAGUUCUUCGAGUGCAACAGGAAAUGAGACUCAAGUAAACCAUAUUGAUCCAAAUAUAUUCAAAAUCUCCGUGCGUCAGCUCAAAAAUACUACACGCCAAACAAAUCAGUAGUAGAAACAGAGAGCAAUAUUAACAUUAAUGCGACAGAUAGCGAAAUCAAUAAAAGAAUAUAAUUGUAGCGAUGUAUUUUAUUCAUUGAUUUUGUAAAACUUACAAGCAACUAAAACAAUAAAAGUAAAAU